AUGGGGGGCCGGCGGGGCCGGAGCCCCACGCGUCCCCACCGAGGGCAGGGCAGGGGCGGGCGAGCCGGGCGCCGCUCCGCCGCGGGAAGCCACGCGUGGCCCGGCGGCUCCCGCAAGUUUCCGAGGCGGCUCGGCUCCGGGGGUCCCCCCACCCCCGCGGGGCGGAGUGCGGAGCGGGAGAGCGAGCGGCGGCGGCGGCGGCGGCGACCCGGGGACCAAGUGACUCACUCGCUCGGCAACAAUAGGGCUGACAAGUUGCGGGGAGCGCGCCGCUCGCAGGCCCGCGGCGGCGGCCCGGACGUCCCCGGCGGGAGUCCCCGGGCCGGCCCGGAGCGCCCCACGCGCGUCCGCGCACCGCCGGCUCCCGCCCGGCCUCCUCCUCCUCCCGACCCGGGCCGCCCUGCCCGGGACUCGCCGAACAAUGAGGCGGGCUCGGCGGCUCCGCGGGGGCCCCCGAGCGCCGAGCCCCGAGCGCCGCCGAGGCCGAGCGCCGCUGCCCGGGCCUGGCCCCCGCGGCUCGCGCCUCCGCCCUGCCGCGCGCCGCAACUCGGACGCGGGCCCCGGGGCUCGGCGCCGUACAAAGGGAGCCGAGUUCCGCGCGUCCCGCCCGCCGCCCGCGGUUACCUGCCGCCCGGGCUCCGCAUCCAACCUCCCCGAUUAAAGUUCACUUCGGCCGGGAGCGCGGGCUCGGGCUUCACCCCCUCGCGCCGCCGGCGGCUCGGCUGCCUCGGGCCCGCGCGAGCGCUCGCGUCGGCGCGGCUCGGGCGCCUCUCGGGCUCCGCCGCCCGUGGCUCCCCGGGCGGGCUGGCGGUCCCCCCGAUAGAACUUGAAGUGGGACCGCGGAGGGGGGGCGGGGAGGCGCGGGGCGGGGCGGGGCGGGGCGGCGGACGGACAAAGCCCGCGGCCGGCGGCGGGGCGUCUCCUCGCGCUCGCUCGCUCGCGGCGCCCCGGGGCGGGGGGUGGGCGCCGCGGCGGGGACGCAGCUGGCCGGCAUCUGCAGCCGCCGCCGCCGCCGCCGCCGCCGCCGCCGCCGCCCGCAGCUGCGGUGGGCGGGCCCGGCGGGGAGCGCGCCGGGCUCACCUGAGCGAGCCGGCCCACCUGAGCCUCGCACCGGGCCCGCGGCCGGCGGCGGCCCGGCGCCCUCGCCCCACCCGGGGACGGCCCCAGGAAGUUAAGUCCCGACGAGCAACUUCCGAACUCGGGCCUCCAGGAGCCGCGCGGAAGAAAGGAGAGGUUCGGCCUCGGACGGGAGGUUUUCUGGAGGGGAAGCUGGGGGUUGUUGGCGAGCGCCGGGAAGACCAGCCAGGCCCAAGCAGAAGAGACGCUGAAGACGAGCAUCCAAAGAACAGAUGGAAGAGAGUGGCCGAGCCUGGGGGAUCCCGACUGCCCCACUGUAUUAGGAACGAGAAUACUGAAGGAGUAUGUCUCCUGGAUGAUCCCAUUGUCCCUUUCAGAUCUCAGCCGCGCAUCGAAGCUUUGGGAGAAGCCCCGGGGGCCGCCGACAACCCCGAGCUUUCACACACGUUCCUUGGGGCCGGUGUCGUCGGCCAGGUGCGCGCCCCCGACAAGGCGGCGGCUGGGGAGGGGCGAGGAGCAUCGCCCCCAGGCCCGGGGGGCCAGCGCGCCGGGCCUUCCCCGCGGAGGCCGGCUGGGCCGCGGCCUGCCCGGGCCGGGGCGCGGGGGAGCCGGCGGCGCCCGCAGCCUGCCCUCCCCCGCCUGGUCCCCCUCCGCCCACGCGCCGCGCGCCGCAGCUGCGGCUCUCCGCCGGCCCCGGCAGCGCGGAGCCCGGAAUCCAAUUACUUCCCCCGCCCCUCGAGGAGCCCCGUCCGGCCGCCAGGCCCCAGAGGGAGGAGCCGGGGGUCGAGCGGCCGCCCACUUCCCGCCGCCCGGGGCCGAGGCCGGGCCGCUCGGGCGGGGCGAGCGCCGUCUCGGAGGGGCGUGCGGAGCGGCCGCGGGACUAUUUGUCCUUCCGCGGGCGGCCCGGCCGGGCCCCGACGCGAGGCUCCAGGCGCUGCGGCCGGAACGCCCGCGUCCUCCGCCCUGAGCGGCAGGAGAUUAGCCCGGGGCUUCCCCGGCGCGGGCGCGGCUCGGGGCUCGCGCGCACGCGCACUCCGGGGUCCGAGGCCCGAGGGCGCCGUGUGGCUCGUGGCCUUUUUCCGGGGCGCCGGGCUCCAGGGCCCCGGGAUUCGGCUCUCUAAAGUGAAAGUGAACUGGAGCAAGAUGGCCCAGGGUCGAGGAGGAGGAGGAGGCUCGCACGUGCGCCCCGCCACAGCCCCGUGGCCGGAGGCUGCGCGGAGACGCUGCGGGGGCGAAUCUUUGAAGAGGAAGGAGAGGAGGACUUCCUGGUUCUUCCGAGACUGGGUGGAGAACCCGUCGGUCCCCUGGAGGGUUCUCGCUCAGUUGGUUUGA